UCAUGGCGGCUGGAGGGUUCCCAACUUGCUCCCUGGAGAGUCUGAGCCUUCCUUAAGAUGGAAGAGGAGGAGACGGGGGAUGCGGCCUGUGGCGAGCGGAGGAGCCCCGUUUCGACAGAGAGCUCCAGUUCGACCUCCUCGUCUUUGUCUGGGAGCUCAGAUGGUCUUGAACCCGAAUGGUUGGAUAGUGUUCAAAAAAAUGGAGAAUUGUUCUAUCUAGAACUGAGUGAAGAUGAGGAAGAAACUGUCCUUCCUGACAGCACUCUAGAUGUGCCUGCAGUGAAUCAUGUCAGGUUUCGGGAAAAUGAAGCUGAAGUUAUUCAUGAGAGAUCUCAAAAAGACAGAAAGAGUAAAUACAGAUUGGAAAAGUUUACUAAAAUAUUACAAAAUAAAGGACUUUUGUCAAAACAUUCUGGCAAGAAGAAAGCAAGUGCUAAACGACAUGUCCCUGCCUCUGGUCCAGCCUCCAUAUUGAAACACCAUUCCAGCCAGAAAAUGGCAGAUGUAGUCCAACAACAGUACAAAGAUGUCUGCAUUUAUGUAAAUCCAAAGAGACUAUCAAAUGUUGAAACAGGGGAAGAACUCAAACUCCUGGAAUCAUUAAUAGGGAUUAUCCAUCAGUCUCCAUGGAGAAAAGAGGAAAAGUACAGACACAGUUCUAAUGAAGAGAAACUUGUAGUACAUGGGUUGAUCCCAGGCACCCCAGCAAUAAAAUCUGGUUAUAUCUUGAUUGGGGAUAUCCUUGUUGCAGUAAAUGAUGUUGAUGUUAACCCUGAAAAUAUAGAAAGGGUUUUAUCAUGUAUUCCUGGCCCUAUGCAGGUGAAGCUGACAUUUGAAACAUUUGGCUUUGAACCACAUGAAACAUCCCAACAAAACUGUAAACAGACAGACUCUUCCAUGAAUAGCCUGCUGAAAGUGUUAUGGAAAGAUCAUAACGGUGACCCUCAGUUCUCUAUCCAAAGUAUACCACAUAUUAUUAUGUACUUGUCACUCAAAUUGGAUUCUGAUACAUCAAAGGAUGAGCAAGAAAUUAUUUACCAGUAUCCCAUAUCAGAAGCUUCCCAAAAAAUGAAAAGUGUAAGAGGCAUAUUUCUCACACUGUGUGACAUAUUGGAAAAUAUGACAGGAACUCAUAUCAUCAGUUCCUCCAUGUUUUUAUGUGGGAAACUGAUUCAUGUGGCUUACUGGAAGGAAUCUGACAAACUCCUUGUAAUUGGUCUCCCAGCUGAAAGUGUACCUCUUUCUCAGCUAAGGAACAUGAUUACUGAUGUUGUCCGAAUUCUGACAUUUAUGUACAGUUCUCUGGACAGUGCCUUUGGUCAGGUAGAAAACUUUUCACGAUUGGAUCAUUUCUUCAGCCUGUUCUUCCAUCAAGCCCUUCAGCCCACCAGGCUUAACUCAGGUGCCACCCCAGGUACACAACAAUAUGAUAACUGCAGUGCAUUACUUUUAUACAACUUCCCAGGAGUACGGUGGCUGUCAUUGCCACAGGAACUUAAGGUAGAAAUUGAUACCACUCUGAGUGGCUUGGAGGCAGCAGACUUUGGAGAACUAUCUGAAGAUUAUUAUGACAUGAGACGAUUGUAUACAAUUUUAGGCUCCUGUCUCUUCUACAAGGGAUAUUUAAUUAGUAGCCACUUACCAAAGGAGGACCUCAUUGAUAUUGCCUUGUAUAGCAGGCAUUAUUGCCUCUUGCCCUUGGCAUCAGAACAGCGAAUUGGUCAGUUAGUAAUAUGGCGAGAAGUGUUUCCGCAGUCUCAUCUUCAGACAUGUAAGACCUCUUGUGAAGGAUACAGAGAACCCAAAGCAAGAUACUUUUUACUUAUAGUUGGUUUGAAAAACUUCAUGUUGAGUGUCUUGCUGGAAGCAGGUGGAGGUUCUUCCAAAGCCAUUGGAAGGCCAGGACCAGACUGCAUAUAUGUGGACCAGGUCAAAGCAACUAUUCUUCAGUUGGAUGGACUAGAUUUAAAUAUAGAUGCAAUAUUAGAAUCACCUUCUACUCCACUGCUAUCCUGUGUGGAUUGGUUCCUCCCUUCUUCACAUGACAAACUAGAAAGUUUGACCACUUUGUCUCUUCGCAACAAAUUGCACCAUACAACAAACUCCAUAAUUUCUUCAGGAAGCAAAAGGGUGAUUUUUGGCAAUUCUAAACUAACAAUGCAUAGGCCGAAUCCUUUAAGAAACAGUGGAAGUUCUGAUAACCUCAGCAACAGUCCUGAAGUAGGGAGUGGACAUCUGAAUCCACGUGCUGUGCAAUCCAAAGUCCAUGGUGGACUUGAUGGAAAUAAUAGUCUUUUAAAGAUCACUAAAAAAAAGAAUAUUCUUCCAAGCCCAUUUAAUUUAGGAACCCUGAAAAAGAGCCUUUCAGAUAAGGAAGCUGAAUUGUAUAAUGUUAUGAAAUCCUUCUGAAAUCAGUCUUGAGUUCAUUUCAGCUAAACAGAAUAACUCAGCAUUGAUAGACUUCAGCAGUCCCUACAGCAGAACAUGUGUAGUCAGUGUCUACACAAACUAAAGAAAAUAAACUGUAUAUAACUUUGUAAAAUUAUUGUAUUCUAAAAUACUGUAAUAGAUGCUGGACAUUCUCAUAUGUUGUAUAUUUUCUAAUGAAAACAUGAGUCCAUUUGUAAUGUAUUUAAAUCCUUCUUGUGAAGGAUUUAAUAGUAGUACAGUAAAUGUGUUUCUUAGCCCUAAAUAGUAUAUGGAAGUUAAGCUAAACUGAUUCUAAAGUCUUAAUUCAUAUUCUCUUCUGUUGCUCUUAACUGCCAAAGAAAAUAAUUGGCAUUCUUCCCUCAUAACAAAUAUAGGCAGGAAUAGCUAGAUACCCUGUUUAGGCUUCUUUAAAAUAUAGUAACAUUUAGGUAUGGUGAUUUAUAUCUGUGCUACUCAAAAAAAGUGAUCCAUGUACUGGUGCAAGUCCAUGAGCCAUUGGCUGCCAUUCCCUAGUGUGUUUCCAGGCAAUAAAGAAACAGUGGUAGCCAUAUGGUACUGGUCCUUUACACACCAGAAUAAAUAACCUCAGAUAGUUUGGAAAAGCAUCUCUUGUUUUUCAUAGAUUUGCUAUGACCAUAGAUGCUUUAUAUAGUAGCUCAUAAAGCUAGUUAUGUAGUAGUCAUAAAGAACGCUCUGUUUUCAGUAUUAAUUUAUAUAAAAACUGCUAAACUGUACUAAAAGUGAUAGCUGUUGACUUCCAUAUUGUUUGGCCAUUGAAUCCACUCUGGGUCUGACUGAACUUUGAAGGACCUGUCCAAAGGGCUGGUGCCUAUCCCCAAGAUAGGUUCGGCCUGUUGGAAAGUGUCAUUAACAUAGGCUAAGACCUGGAAGAGAUUCAUGGCACCUCCAACAUGGAAACCACCAGCCCCCACAGACUUGUGAUAUUUAUUUUCUCACGUCCUGUUGUGGAUUCAUUCUGUAUGAUAGGAUAAUUUCUUAGUGUAAAGCUAAUAGUCCAGUAACGUUUGUCUUCUGUUCUUGAAGGCUGACAUCUGGUCCUGAGAAUACCCUCUUUCACUAUAUUUCUUUAGAAACAAUGCAUGGAAUUUUUAUCACUCCAACACAUGCUGAAGUAGAACAGCUUGGUGGAACUAUCCAUCCACAACUCAUUAAGAACUUCCAUCGCUGUUGUCUUUCCAUCCGAGCAAUCUUCCAGCAAACCUUGAUGAGAGAG